GGACAAGGGAAAAGAAACAGAUAUAGUGUCGGCUUUUAGGAAGGACGCCAUCGACCGCAGAGCAGGAAAGACAAACCGGCGCGCGCGGUUGAUCAAGCACACCUCGUGCACCCUGACUUGUGGAAUCAAAGCGAAGCGGGCGGACUCUUUCGCUUCUCCGCCGUCGCCGUUCUCUUUUUUUUCCCUUUUUCUCUCGGUUAUUUGAGCCCGUGUAGUCUGUGUUCGUGUCUUCUGUCCUUGUGUGCGUGUGCGUGUGUGUCUGUGUGUGUGUCUUACUAUCUCGCCGUUCUGACGUUGGCAUCUUCGACGUUGUAGAGGAAGCAAAGGUAGCGAAUAGGGAGAGGGCAAACAGGCGAUUCUUUUUUCUUUUCUUUUCUUCUCCCUGCGUAUAUUCGCUCACCUGCCGAUUGAAGCCAUCCUCCGUGGCAGUCGGGUUUGCUUGUUGUUGUUGUUGUUUCCAUGGAUAUUCUAAAAAAGUACAUAUAUAUAUAUUCCCUCCUUCUUCCUCUCUCGCAUACAGGACCGUAGCACCCUUCUUUCAUCUACUCGUUUACGUGUGUUCACGUGACGACUGACGGCGCGUCUGUUGCUCCUUUUCUAUUUUUGAUUAUCUUUUUUAGCUUCUUAGUAUUGUUCUUGUUGCCGCUGCUCGUCGUUCGCUGCUCGCUCGCCAUCGUGACUGCCUGCCUAGCCAACUCUUUGUUUAGACGCCCAGUCUCCCCCUUCCCUUCCCUAGUAGAAAACUCGCACGCACUCUUCACAACGGGUGUGACGUACGAGCCGUUGGCUGCCGUGCGACGUACAACACAAACAUCCGCACUUUUAUUUGUUUAUUGAUACAUUAUUUCAUAUCCUUUCCUCUCGAGCCUUCUUCUACAUUGUUGCCGCGCAUCAACGUUUUUUUUUUGUAUCUUCUGCUGUUGUUUUCUCCCUUUACACCUCACAUUUAUUUCAUAUAUAUAUAUAUAUAUAUAUUGUACUGCUGACGUGUUGCGAUCGUUCUCCCUGGCUGUGUUUCAAUCCAGUUUGAGGGGGGGCGUAAAGGUCAGUCCCGAAACGGAAGCUAGUACGCUAGGGUAGAGGGGAUAGCUACCUGCUCUCUGUCUAGAUUAUUUUUGUUUAGCUUUAUUUUAUAUAUUAUUUUCAUCUUGGAGGACAGACCAGCCGUUGUUGUUCUCCUUUUUCUGGUAGUGCGUGCGACUUCAGUGGCACAGCACAUCCGCGGUGCGCGGCUGCCAGAUUCGCAUAGCUCAAUUUACCGCGGCGAAGAGCGCUUGCACGAGGGGUUUUUUUUGUUCCUUUCCGCUUUCCUUUCUACGCCUUCGUUGUUGUUGUUUGCCGCUGCUGUUGCUGCCGCUGUUGGUUUUAUAUAACUGUUGUUUCUUUCCUGUUCUUUUCUUCUGUUCAUCGGUGUGUGCGUAGCUCUUUCGAGAUAUUUCAGUCGCCAAUACUCGUGCAGUCGCUUUGUGUUGUUGGUGGUUGUGUUGAGUGGUUGGUGUUGCUGCCGCUUCUGUUGAAGUGUAGGGUUUUCAUUGUUGUUGGGUGUGUGUGUGUGUGUGUGUGUGCUGCUGCUGCUUGCACUGUAUCCUUGCCAUUAACUCCGCUCGUACUCUCACUCUCUCUCUCUCUCUCUGCCUCUCUCUAUUGCUUGAGUGUGUGCGUGUGGUUGUUCUUGUCCCUCCCCGGUAGAUUCUCUUCCUCCCUUAAACUUCGUCUCUUCGGAGUUAUUGGAUUUUCUUAUUUUCUUUUCUCUCUACCUCUAUCAUUGUAAUCAAUUUCUUUUUGUGUCCUUUCUUCUCUUCUUCUUUUACGGUUAGAGCCACAUCUGCUUCUCCUUCAUUGUUGGUGUAACUGGUUUCGGGUGUUGCACCGUGGCGUGGGCACGGUUCUUCCCUUUCCCGCUGUAUUCGCUACUUCUUCUGCUUUCUGUUCCGUUGUUGUCGUUGUUCUCGUUGGUCGACACCUCAUUUUCGAAGUUGGUGACGCACGCGUGUGUGUUUGCUUGUGCUUUCCUACUUGCCGCAUUAUUCCCGUUAGCAUGCCUAUCCCGCUGUUGCCUUAACUACGAGUGGUGCCUCUUUGAAACUGAUUAUUUUGUUUGUUUGUUUGUUUUUUCUCUCUUGCUUCUUCGGUGACGUCGUAAGUCACUCGUGUCCUUCUUUCUCCUUAUUGCUUCGAUACUUCGGGAGUCUUCGUCAGGUGCCACCGUUUGAGCCGUACUCGUUGGAGUAUUGGUAUUCGUGUGUGUGGAUCUCAUCGCAGCUAGUCAUGUCGCAGUCCGUCAGUUUAGCCGCCUUCCCACGCAACGGGCGAGGAAAUACACCGCAGCAGGAGCCACAGCACUCACUUCUCCAGCAACGCCAGCCCCAGCGGGACGGUAUUGGAUCAGCCACCAACAUCGCAGAGGGAGACGGCGAGGCCGCACAAAACCGGCACCAACGACAACAACAAGAUCCGCAGCAGCGGCAGCGCUCGCGACGUCCGCGAUCGAUUCACAUUACGCUGCGUAAAACCCGCGCCGGUAGCCGCCCUGUCAACAUCCAACGUGGUCAGAAUCAUUUCUUUAACGGUGCUGGCGAGCGUGUCAGCUCCCCCACCGGGACAUGGAAUUCGCUCAACAGCAGCAGUCGUGGUGUGCGCAAUGGCGUAGAUGCCUAUCAAGUCGUAGGGGACGGAACCCUUCCGCGGUCGAGUCCCGCGGACCAGCACCGCGAUCCCAAUCUUGUCUCUACCAGGCGAAACGGUCCACCUGCGACAACGAAUAGCAGUAAUACUAAUAAUAAAUACACUGAUAAUGGUUUUGGUUUUGCGGUGCCGUUGAUGGAGGCGCGCAUCUCACCCUAUCACAUGCCGGACACGGCGUCCCCACAUGGCCGCAGCAGAGCCGGCAGCAACACCGACAUCGCCAGCGGACAGUACGGGCGCGUGGCGAGCAACAGCGGCGGUGGUGGUGGUGCGAGUGGCUCUCCGUCCUCUUCCUUCAAUAAUAUUGGCGGCAGCGCCGGCGUCGGCCCCUCCUCUGGAGGCAGCGGCAGCACCCCGUCGUCGUUGCUGCAGUGCGUACCGCAGCUUAACGCAUUCAUGAGGGCCCCGCACGCGGCGCUGCAGCAGCUGCUUCCACCCGGCAUGCGCGACCGGGUGAGCAACAGCAAUAACACCAGUAGCAGUAACACUGAUCCUAACAGCGCUGGGGGCGUCAAGAAGAACCGAAAUGACGACGACGGCGGCGGCGGAGGAGGCGGAAACCCAUUGCGCAGCCGCAGCCUGCUCUAUGUCAGCAGCCCCAACAUGACGCACGCGACGAAUGCGGCGCCCAUUGGCGUGAGCAGUCGACUCCGCAGCAGCAGCUUAGCCGGGCAGCACGACGGCCUCACUGGGUCGUACUCCGGCGUCCUCGGUGACUUCGUGUUCCCCUACCCAGACCGCAGCGCGUCUCAGCAGCAGCUGCCCACGACGCCACCGGUAGUAGCAACCGCCAACCCCAUCAACGCCCCGACCGGAAGCUUCGAUGCCCGCUCUCGACGACUGUCGCCCCCGACUGGGGAGGACGCAGGCGGAAACGUGGGUGCCGCGCAACAACAGCAGCAGCAGCAUCGCCCGCGCUCUCGCAGCUACACGGCAGGAGGCCGGAUGUACAGCCACAACAACAGUAACUAUCACCAUCGGCGUCGCAGCAGCAACGGGCCCGUCAUUACCGCCUCCAUGGCAGGUGCAGGCGGUGCGGCGCUCUUCGGUGGCGGUCACUUAGCCUCCUCUACCACGACCCACGCGGAGAGACGCUCUUCGCACAACUUGGAUCGAUCGCUGUCUGUGUCCGCCGGUCCUGCUGCCUUUGGUGGUUGGGGUGGUGGGACAGCGCUGGAUGCUGCCGCCACGACGAACGUGGUCACGCUGGCCUACCCACCGAUGAGCACGAGCCGCAGCAGCCUGCGCAGUGGCGCAACACGCGAGGCGACACCGGUGAGUACGACUGCCUCCGCCACACCGCCGGCACAACAACAGCAGCAGCAGCAACAGCAACGACCGAUGCUGUCGCCGAGCGCGGUGGGCACGCCUGCCCCACUGGGCCGCAGCACGCGCAAGAGCGGCAGCUUCCCCGUCCACCGCAGCGGCUCGUCCGAUGUCGUGAAUGGCUUGGACGACUCCGCCGACAGCGUCUUGUACGGCAGCACACCGCGGCGUCGCAGCGCCAACGUACCACCCGGUGUUGGUGGUGGCACCCACCGCUACUUGACGGACAGCACCGCAAGCGACAGCGGGACGCCGAAUGCGGCUGACGGCGGUGGCGGGUACCGACCCCGGCGGUACAGCAUGCCCCAGACGGAUGAGGACGAGGGCACACACACCGCGGCGCCGCCGCCGCAGCAGCAGCAGCAGCCGCUGUCGACGGUGGACCGCCUGCGAUCACGGCGUGAUGGUGGUGGGAACGGCAACAGUAGCGGCAUUGGUGUGGCGACCCGCCCCACGCCCACAAACGCAGCGGAGCCGAAGACCGCGAUUGAGCGGUGGCGCGCGCAGGAGGAACAGAAACGGCGCGUGGAGGUCGUGCAGUCCCGCCGUCACCGGCUGAGUGCGCGGCAGUGGCGGGAAGCCUUCCACCGUCUGGCGGAGAACCGAAUGCGGUGGACGGUGCGCUCCUUCAUCGGCGCGGGCACGUCCGGCAAAGUGUAUGAAGGCGUGUUAGACGACGCGGCGCACACGCCGGUGGCGGUGAAAGUGCUGGACGUCGGCGUACCGAUGCCGGCCGGGCCCGAUGUGGCAGGCGCGGCGAGUGAAGACAGCAACAUGUCCCCUGCACAACAGGAGGCGGUCCUCGUGCUGCUGCGCGAGAUCGAAAUGAUGGAGAAGCUGCACCAGCGGAACAUCGUCACCUGUCUGCGCUGUCAAGUUACGCCGGUGCAGGACCGCUUUAUGGAGCUGCAUCACAAACAACAACAACCGCCUCCGGGGUCGCGGAUGCAGCAAACCGACGGGGCCGGUUUGGGUGUCGUGAGUGGUGUCUCGAGCAACGCGCACGCCCCCCCGGGCGACAACUUCGCCGUGGCUGCCGCCACACGCAUUCCGGUGCAGGUGGAAAUCAUCAUGGAGCUGUGCACGCGAGGGACACUGGCGCGAGUGGUGCGGCGCAGCCCGGGUGGGCAGCUGCCGGUCGUCACGGCGCGACGGUACCUGCGGGAUGUCCUCAAGGGUUUAGCGUACCUCCACCGCAACAACUUCAUUCAUCGCGACGUGAAGGGUGAAAACGUGCUGAUCAGCGCGGAUGACGUGGCGAAGCUGGCUGAUUUCGGAUGCUCCAGCCGCAUCGUUAUGACGAACAGCCACGUGCCCGGGGAAGGGCACGACGGCACGAUGAGCAGCAUCGCCACGACGCACGCCACCGACUCCCGCUGCACGACCAUGGUGGACUACCAGUGGUGUGAGGCGACGGGCGUGGCGCACACGAUGGUGGGGACGCCGAUGUUCAUGGCACCGGAGAUCAUUCAAGCCUCCGGAGCGCAGCCCGCCUCGCCGUGCUCUGUGGACUCGACCGAGCGUAGAGGUGACAGUGAAAACAACAUCAAGAGCUGCAACGGUAGCUUCGCCGCUGCCACGAAGCCGGUGGGCUACACCGCUUCCGCGGACAUCUGGUCCUUCGGGUGUCUCGUGCUGGAGGUCUUCGGACGCACACCGUGGCCGACCGCCGGCAACAACGCCUACCACCUCAUGAAGCAGAUUGAGCAGUCAGUGGACGACGUGCCGCCUGGCGUGCCGCCGGAUACCCCGCCGGAGCUGCUGAGCGUUCUGCGGUGUUGCUUCCAUCGCGACCCGAACCGCCGCAGCACGGCACGGAUGCUUCUGCGCUCGCCGUGGAUGACGUGCGCAGAUGCGGAGCUGGAAGAGAUGCCCCCACGUAAGCGGCGCUGA